AUGGAAUGCAAUAUUUUAGAGGAAGAAUCAUAUAUUAAUCAGUCGACUAUAAUAAAUAAUGAAAAUAUAAAUGAAAGAAAUUAUUCAGAAGAUGAAAAAAAUACCUCAUGUUAUGUUAGUUAUUCUUCAUUAAGUGAUGAUAGUUAUUUAGAUGUAGACUAUGAAAAUGUUCAAAAAUUCAAAGAACUUAAAAAUAAUAAUUAUAAUAAUGUAUGUAAUUACAAUAAUAAUAGUAAUAAGUCAUUUAAUAGAAUAUUGAGUGAUAUUUUUUACAGUGAUAAUAUGAAAUAUAUGAAUAAAGAUAAUAAUAAUUUAAGAAGAGAAAAGAAAAUACUUAAUCCUGAUAUAAAUGAUGAAGAUAAAAUAAGACAAAAAAAUACUAUUCAUAAUAAUGAGUGUUUAAUUAAUAUAAAUUCACAUAAAAUUAAUGAAGAAAAUGAUUUUACAAAAAAAAAAAAAGAUGAAUGUAUUAAUAUCAAUAAUACUACAAAAUCUAAUUUACAUGAAGUCAAUAAUAAUAAUAUGAGUCAUAAAAAAAAUGGGGAAAAAAAAUUUUUAGAGGGACGUUUUCUUAAUGUAUUAAAUAAAUUUAAAAAAAGUUUGAAAGAUAAUGUGAUAGGUAAGAAAAUAUGGAAUAAUAAUAAUUUAGAGAUUAAUAAUGUCUAUGAAUCUAAUGAAAACAAUUGUAAAAAAGAUAAUUUAGAGAGUAAUUAUAUAAGUUCUAAUGAUAAGAAUUAUGUAAUUAUAAAUGAUAAUUCUAAAGAUGUUGAAAAUACUAAUUAUAAUUUAGUAAAUAAGGUAGAAUUUUCAAUUAAUAAUAAUUUAAAUGACAAGAAAGAUAAUAUUAUCAAUAAAAAUAAUGAUAUAAUAAAAGAUAAUUUAAAUUACAAAGAAUGCGAAUUGGAAGAAAAAAAUAAUGUUAUAAAAGAAGAAUCAUUUUAUAAAGUGGAUAAUAAUAAUAAUAAUAAUAUUGAAAAUACAAAAGGUGAAAAUAAUGUCUUAAAAUUUGAAAUAGAUAAGAAUAAAAAUUUUAAUUUAUUUUUUGGUGAUUUACUUAAUGAUAAUAAGACCCUCUUAAAUUUUUUAAGAGAUAAAAAAAAUGUAACUAAUUCUGAUUAUCAAAAGUUAGAGAAUUUAGAUAAGAGUUCUAAAUUUGUUAAUAAUGAACUUAACAUUGACAAUAAUAAUAAUAUUAAUGUCACAAAUAGUAAUAUAAAUGAAAAUAUAAAUGAUAGUAAUAUAAAUAAUAAUAUUAAAAGUAAUAAUAUCGUUAGCAAUUUAAAAAAAAAUGGUAGCAUUAUUAAUUAUGAAGGAACAAAAUUAAAAUUAUCUGUAAAAAACAAAGAUAAUUCCAUUGAAGAGAAUAAAAAAAAUUGUAAUAAUGUAGCUAUUGUGAUGGAUAAAAAAGAAGUUUAUUACAAAAAAGUGAAUUAUAUACUAAAUAAUGAUGAAUGUGACAAUAGAAAUAGUUAUGAAAACUGUAAAAAUAAAAGAAUAGAUAAUACACAUAAUACAAAAAGUAAAAAGCUAAAUUGUAAGAAAAAAAAAUCCCAUAUUUUAGAAGAAUAUAGUGAAAAUAAUAAGAAUCACUUGAAAUGUAACCAUUUCAUUGAUGAUAUAAAUGGUAAUAAGAUACAACAUAACAAAAUAAAUAGUAUUUAUUAUAAUAAGGAUUAUAAAGGUGUUCCAGAAUACAGCCAUAAUAGUGAUAUUUACAGAAAAAUAGGAAAAAAUAAACUAAAAAAAUAUACCAUAAAAAAAGAUUUAAAUAUUAUUGCACAAUAUGGACACAAUAUACAAGAGGAUUAUUUUUAUAAAAUUACAGAAUAUAUUUGUGGGAAAAAUAAAAAUAAAGAAAAAAAAAUGUUAAAUUAUUUAGAGAAUUCUUUAAAUAACAAAAAAAAAAUAUAUAUGAAAGAUAGUAAUAAUGAUGACAUAAAUCAAAAAUAUAAUAUAAUUAACGAUAUGAAUUUAUUAAAAUUAAUAACACAUAAUUCAAAAAAAAAAAUUUGUAAAAUAAUUGAUAUAGAUGAUAAAGUGGUAGAUAAUUAUAUGAACAAUAAGAAAAAUAAAAAUUAUUAUGAUAUAAAAAAAAGUUCUAUAAAUUUAUGUUCUAAAUGUAAAAUAGAAAUGCAAUUAUCGAAUUUUCCUUAUAUAUGCUUUGAAUGUUUCAUCAAGGAAAUGAAGAUCAGAAUGGGAUAUAAAAAAAAAAAAUUGGAGAAAAAAGAAAUUAAUAAUAAUUUUAAAGAAGUAAAUACAUAUAUUUCUGAGUUCUUUAAUGAAAUUGAUGGAUUAAAAAAAAAAUUUCAAAUGGAUGAUGAAGAAAUAUCUUUUAUGUUUAGCGAAAUAAGAAAAUGUAAUUUAUGGAAAUCAGAAAAAAAUAUAUGCAAAAUUUUUUUAGACAUCUUCAAAUGUUACAAUUUUGAUGAUAAUCAUAAUGAAAGUAAUUUUUUUAGAAAAUUUUUUAAAGAUAGUUAUGAAAAAGGAAUUAUUAAUGAUGAAGAAAAAAUUAAGAUUAAAAAUAUUUAUAAUAAUGAUUACCUAUCAGAUAAUUAUAAAAAAGGAAUAUUAAAUUUCUAUAAUUUCUUCAAGAGACAAAAAAUCAAGGAGGGGGGAUGUGUUUGCUAUAGCAAUUAUGAAAAAGAAAAAAGAGUUAUAUAUGUAAAAUAUAAUAUGAAUUAUAAUAGAAAAAGGGUUAUUAAAUAUAUAAAUAAAUUAAAGAAUAUAUAUAAUUUUUUUUACAAAAAUAGUACAUAUUAUUGUAGUUGUACUUCUGAUAAUAUUAAAUGUAUAUCAAUUAAUAAAAAUAAUAAAAAAAUCAUAUGUGCGAAUAAAAUUAAAAUGUAUUUAAAAAGUUUAAAGAAAAAUAUAGAAAAAUAUCAGGAUAGUAAAGAAAAAUCAUAUAAUAUUGAAGAGCGUAAAAGUGAUAAUAAGGAUAAUAAAAAUAAUAAGCAUAAUAAAUGGAGUAAAAAUUAUGAAGUUCUUAAUAAAAACACUAAUUCUUAUAAGGUAUCUAAUAAAAUAAAAUAUGACAAUGAAGAAGUUAAUGAAUUAAACAAUGAUCAAAAAAGUGAACCUUAUAGCAAUCAUAAAUAUUAUAUAAUGGAUAACUGUGAUAAUAAUGAUAUUAUAAAAAACGAUGAUAAAAGUGAUUUAAUUGAAGAUGACGAUAAUAAUUGUGAUGAUGAAGAUGUAAUAGGAAAUGAUAUGAAAACUGAUAUAAUAGAAUAUGAUGAUAGAAGUGAUAUAACAGAAGAUGAUGAUAAAAAUGUUAUAAUAAAAGAUAAUUAUAUAAGGGAUAUAAGUAAUGAAAUUAUUAAUUGUAGUAAUUUAGAUAACUUUAUAAAGGAUAUUACUGAAAUAAGUUAUGAUAAUGAGCGUAAGUUCAGCAAAAGUUUGGAUAAAAAACACUCAACUAAUGUAAUUCAAUUACCAAAUAUAAUAACACAAAAAAUAAUACCACCUCUUAUUUUUCCAUUAAAUAAAAAAUCUACUAAUUUAUUUUAUGAAUUAAGGAAUUAUGAUUUUAUAAAUAUAGAAAAAAUAGAUUAUUAUAAAUUAUAUAUUAUGCAAAAAAACAUAUCUAAUUUUUAUAUGAAUAAAAGUUCAAUGUGUUUAGAAGAUAAUGUAGAAUCUUUUACAAAUAAUGAGAAUAUAUAUGAUGAUAAUUUAUUAAUAAAUCAUAAAAAAAAUAAUGAGAUGAUAGAACUAUAUAUACCUAACUUUUGGAGAAGUAUAAAAAAUGUAAAUGAAAUUAAAUCAGUUACUACGGGAAAUUCUGAUGAUUUUUAUUUUAAACUCUUAGUUCAUCCAAGAGGAAAUUCAAAUGAAGAUAAUUAUUUGUCAGUUUAUUUAGAAGUAGUCAAACAGGAUUUUUACCCUCCUGAUUGGGUAUUCCCAAAUGUUCGAUUUCAAUUAACUAUUCAUAAUUUUAAAUCAAAAAAAAAUUCAAUUUCUUCAUGGGCUUAUUGGUCUUUUACUAACAACUCUUUGUCAAGAGGAUGGCAAAAGAUGAUAAGUCAUUCUAAAAUAAAUAGAACGACAGGAUUUUUGGAUGAUAAUGGUGGUUUAUUAAUUAAAGGAAAAGCUGAAAGAUCUUUUAAAAAAUUAUGGUCGAAAAGUUUUAAUCAUUCACCAAAGUAUAUAUGGAGUUAUAUACCUGAAAAAAUGCAUGCGAAUUUUAAACAAAAUGAUAUAUUACUUAAUUUUUUAUUCAACAAAUCAUAUUUUAAUAAAAUUAUAUUCUCAAAUAAAAAUAUGGACGAUCAUGAUAAUAAUGAUAAGUUGGAAAAUUUCGAUAAUAGUAAGAAUUAUUUGUAUAACAGAUAUUCAAUAGAUAUAUAUAAUUUUUCAUUAUUUUGGUCUCCUCAAUUUAUAAAAAGUUAUUUUAGUAAUUCAGAGAAUUAUCAGAGGUUAAAAAAUUCCUUUUAUCAUAAUGUAAGCAACAAUGAUGAUCAAUUCGCCAAUAAUGAAAUUCGUAAUAAAAAUAAUAAUGUAAUGUUUGAUAUUUAUUCAAAUUAUAAUAACAUGGAAGUUUAUGAUGAUCUUGUUAAAAAUAAUAACAUAAAUGUAUUAAAAAAUAUUACAACAAAAGAAUAUGAAAAAAAAAAUGUGUCUACAAAUGAUGAUUUUUUUAUUGAUAAUGGAAAACAUAUAUUAUCAUUAACGAAUUAUAUUGUUCCCAUUGUAGAAUCUUUUAAUGAAAAUGAUAAUUUAACAAUUUUAGUUAACUGUUUAUAUAAUAUAGAAUUAUUUAAAGUUAUAAUUUUGAAAUAUAAUGGAAAUUUAUAUAAUAGAAUUUUAUCUAAAUAUAUGAAAAGAAAAAAAGAAGAAAAAAUAUAUAAAUUAAAUUGUAUGAUGAAAAAAUAUGAUAUAGAAAAGCAUUAUACUAAAAAUGAUAUAUUGAAAAAAAUAAAAGAAGAGAGUAAUAAUAAAUUAUGUUAUCAUAAUCUCUAUGAUUUACAAAAGAAAAUUAUAGAUAAGUUAAGUACAAUAAAUGAUAAAAUUCAAUUCUUGUAUUUUUAUAUUAAUGAUAAAAUAAACAAUUUAAAUAAUGUGAAUCAUAGAAAUUAUGUUGAAUUGGGUAAUACAUACAAACUCGAUAAUAUAAAUUUUAUAGAUAUUCCAAAUAUUCACAACAAUAUACAUUUUAUUAAUAAUGUUAACAAUUAUAUAAAAUGUAUAAAUCAUAAGAUAAAUAGCAUUAAUGAUAAUAUAAAUAAUGGAAAUAAUUUGAAUUAUUUAUGUAAUAUAGAUAAAAUAAAUGUCCAUAUAAAUGUUAUAAAUAAUAGUAUUUAUGAUAUCAAUGAAAGUAUAAAUAAUAUGAAAUAUGUUGAUAUUUUACAUAAUAAAAAUAUGCCAAAGGAUAGAAAUAAUAAUGAUAAUAUGAAUGAAAUAAAUUAUAAUAAUUCGAAUGAUUUAAAUGAGAAAAAUAGUGAUAAAAAUUCUAUAAAUGAGAAAUGUUAUACUAGCAAUUAUUUUGAACUUUUGGAUAAAGAUUUUAUUAGUAAUCCUGAAGAAUUAAAAGAUAUGCCAUAUAAAUAUACAAGUGAUAUUAAAUCAUUUAAUAUGUUUGAAUAUUUUAGAAAAAAUAAUAAAAAUGUUAUAAUCGCUUUACAAAGAAUUUUCAUAUGCAUGCAGAUGUAUUCCUUGAUUCUUUGUUCAAAGAAAGGGAAAGAAAAUUUUGAAAAAAAUAAUUCUAGCUAUUUAAAUGAAAAUUUUUACAAGGAAAAAGGUAAUUUUCAUAUUAAUACACAUGAUAAAAUAAAUAAAAAUGAAAUUAAUAAAAAAUAUAAUGAUGAUAAUAAUAAUAAUAUUAAACUGUCUAGAAAUUUGCAUUCUUCCUCAUUAUCAACUUCAAUGAAUACAACAGUAAAUCAAGAAAAUAAGGAUGAUAAUUUAAUUGAUAAUAAAGAUAAUAAUGAUCAUAAUAUAUUUAUAAAUAAAUUUAAUGAAAAUAAUAAAAAAGAUGAAAACAUAAAUAAUAAAUUCGUUAUUAAUUCAAAAGAUUUAACUAAAGAAAAUAAAUUAUGCGAAAAUUAUGAUAGUAAUAAAAUAAACCAAAGUUGCAUUUAUAACAACGAUAACAGAGAAUCUAACGAAAAUUAUAUGAAGUAUUUGAAUAAUUUAGAAAUUUCUAAAAAAAAUUAUUUAUUUUAUUAUAAAAACACCCUUUUUUAUAACACAAUACACUCGGGAGAUGAUUCCAGCUCAACUUCAACAUGUGUUGAUGAUAUAAAAAAAAUAUAUAGUAAAAAAUCUAUGUAUUCAGUUGUUCACACUUAUAAUGAAAAUAAUAAUUAUUUGAAUUUAUUUAAACCAUUAAUACCAAGUAUAAAGGUUUUAUUAUUUAGUUUAAAUAAAAUUUUAUUUAAUCAAUACAGAUGUAACGAACCCAUUACUAAAAUACAUGAAAAAUUGUUUAAGCGUAUUGCUUGUGAUGUGACAAAAGACAAAAUAAAAUUAAAUAAAAAAAUUAAAAAACUAAAAAAACAAAAUACAAAAAAAGAGAAAAUUAUUGAUUUAAUGAACGAUUUGAAAGAUAUAAGAUUGUUUGAGCAAAUAUGUUAUGAAUUAUUUAACUUAAAAAAUAAAACAGACGAUAAUAAUUAUAAAACAAGUAGUAAUAAUAAAAAUGAUAUCGGUAAUUAUAGUGGUGAUUUUAAUGAUAGUAACGUUUUUGACGAUAAUUUAAAAUUUCAUAGUUUUCCAAUAGAAACAAUAAAUAAUACAUGCAAAUUAAGAGAGGAUAUCAUCGAUGUCGAUGGUAAUGCAACCAAAAAUUUUAAUUUUCAUAAAAAGGAAAAGAAUAAAGAUGGUGAAAUUGUAAAUGAAGAUGGAGAAGGAAGUGUAAAUAAUUUACUAAAUAAAAAAGAAAAAAUUUUUGUAGAAAAUGAUAUACCUGAUAAAAAGAAAAUUUUAAUGAAUAAAAACUAUCAAAUAAUACAAAAAAAUAAUGAAAUAAGUAAAGAAGAUGAAUCUAAUGAAUAUAGUUUUGAUAGUGACCAUAGUGAUGAUAAUGAUUAUGAUGAUUAUAAUAAGAGUAAGAAUUCAGAAAAUUAUGAUAAGUUUUGCAAAACUAAAAAUAUUAAUUCAUUAAUAUAUAAUAUUAUAAGUAAAAAAAAAAGAAAUUUUUAUAGAAAUUAUAUUAGUUGUGAUAAAGAUAUAUAUAAAACUAUAGAAAAAUCUUGCUACAAUGAAAUACCUUAUGUUUUAUUUUUUUAUAUUAAUUGUUUUAAAAAUCUAAGAAGGGGAGAACUAAUUGAUAUUCCAUUAUGCUUAGACAUAUAUGAAGAAAAAGAGAAAAAGGAAUCGGAUAAUAAGGAAGGAAAAAAUUUCUGUUAUACAAUAAAAAGUAGUGCUAAAAACAAAAAUGAUAAUGGUGACGGAAAAAUCACAUAUCAUUUAUAUGCUCUUGUUAUAUCAGAAAGUAAAGAUCCAAAAAAUAUAACUAUUCCUAAUUAUACUAAAAUUAAUGAUAUAGAAUUUAAUAAUGGAAAUGAUUUCACAUGGAGUUCUUAUUCCUAUUUAAUUAUAAAACCAUAUAUAAAAGGAUCUUGGUAUAAAAUUUAUAAAAACAGAAUAACCAAAUUAAAGCAAUAUUUUGAUUUUAAUGAGUGGAAAUGUCACAAAGAUUUCUAUUGUUCCUAUUGUAUUUACAUAAGUGAUAAUUAUUAUGACAUGCAUAAUCAUUUCUUUUUGCAACAAUUUAAUAUUAAAGAUAUUAAUUUUCCUUUAUAUUUACAUACGUUAAGAGAAUUUAAAAUAGAAGAAAAAGACAUAUUUGAAUUUAAUAAAAAUUAUAAAGAUGAUAUUUAUUCAUUAUCUAGUGAUAAAAAUGAAGAAGGAAACGAUGAUGAAGUAGUUUACAAAAUAAAUAAAAUUCCUUUUGACAAAUCACAAAAAAGUGAAUCAAAUACAAGCAUAAGUGAUAAUAAUAGCAAAAAGAAUGAUUCUUAUUCUCAUAUGAAUAAUAUGGAUAAUAAUAAAAAAAAAGAACACAAAAAAUAUUGCAUAAAUAGUGAUAACGAUGAUAAAAAGGAAAAGAAGAAAAGUAAGGUAAUAAAAACUGAAGUUGAUCUUUUUAAAGGAUAUUAUCCUUUAAAACAUUUUAAUAAUCUUUUAAAAACUAAAAAAUAUAUAAACGUAGAAUAUAUACCAGAAAAACAAAUGAAUAUAUAUAAUAAAAACAACUACUCUUUUAUAAAAAACGAAAAUGAUUUAAUAAUUAACUGUUUAAAAACGCAUCAUAGAAUAAUGAUAAACAUAAAAGAAGAAUUAUUUGAAGAUGUAAUAAAAAUUGAAAAUAAUGAGAAUAUUAUCUAUGAUUGUAAAAAUGAUGACAAAGCAAAAAUAUGUAUUGUUAUUAAUAAAAAUAACAGUAAAUUAAAAGAAAAUAGACAUUUUUUUGAUUUGAAAAGCAUAAUGAAAAAUUAUGAAAAGUUUGAUUAUAAUAAUUUAAAUUUUCAAAAUGGAAAUGAGAAAAUUAAUUCUUAUGAUAACUUAUCUACGAUCUUAAAUUUAUCACAAAGGAAAUCUUUAUUUUUUAAUUCAUUAAAAACAAAGGAGCAAAAUAUUCAGAAAAACAUUUUUAUGUCUGAUAAAAAUGAACACACAAAUAAUUUAAAUGAUGGUGAAUCUAAAGAAGAUAACAAAGUGCAUAAUUUAGAUAAUAAUGAAUUAUCUUUAGAUAAUAGAGAAUUAAAUUAUAUAGAAAAAGUAAAUAAAGAAAGCAAGAAAAUAAAAUUAAUCAAUGAAAAUGAUAUAAACAACGAACUAAAUAGCAUAUAUGGUGACAAUAAUAAUUAUGUAAGUUAUGACAAAAAUAAUCAUAUAAAUAUAACUAAAAUAUCUAAUGAUAAAGAUAAAAGUGUAGAAAAAAAUUGUAGGAUAAAAGUUCGUUUAAAUAUUAUGAAUGAUAUACAGAAAACAAAAAAUAGAUUCAACAUAAAAAGGAAUUUUAAAAAUAUUAAUUUUGUAAAUGAUUAUAUAAAUAAUGGAAUAGUUAAUUCAAAUAAUAUAAAUUGUAUAAAGUAUGCUAUUCAUUUGCAAAAUUAUAUGAAAAAUAUUAAUUCUAGUAAGGGUCUUAAUUAUGACAAAAAUAAUAUGAGUGUAAGGAAUCCUUUUCACACAGAAAUUAAUGACAUUUUUUAUAAUUUUUAUAAGGAGAAAUUAAACGUUAGUAACAUAAAGAAAAAUUAUAUUGAAAAUGAAGAAAAAUUAGAAUUACAAAACUAUUAUUUAAGAAUGUGUUUAAAUGUAUUUAAAGAUUUUUUUCAUCACUAUUUUUACUUGAAUUUUAUCAACAGUUCAGAAAUAAAAAAAAAAAAAAAAAAUGCUUUUAAUAAUUUUUGUAUAGCAUUAUCAGAUAUUUUUUAUAAAAAUUUAAGUUUUAACACAAAUGAAGAGGAAAAUUUUGAACAUAUGUUAGGUGGAAUAACCAUUUACGAGUUUUAUGAAAACAGGUUUAAAGAAUUGAAAAAUAUAUUAAAGAAAAUUUUUAUGUAUUUAAAUAUAAUUUAUAGAUUAAUUAAAUAUAUAAAAUUAAAAAAAAUAUUUUUUAAUGAAAACUUUGAUAUGCAUACUUGUAAAAUGCACGACACAUUUUUCUUUAAUUAUUUAUAUUUUUUUUAUAAUAAAUAUUCAAAAAAUUGUAAAAAUAAUUACAUAAAGAAGUUAUGCCAAAGAUUUUCUAUAAAUAAAGGAGAAAUAAUUAAUUAUAUAAAAAGAAACGUUAGUACAUUAAGAGAGGAAAAUUUUUAUUUUUUAGAAUUUUACGAAAAGAUGUUUAAAAAUAAAAGUAAUGUAAAUGAAAAAGAAAAUUUUAAUAAAUUAGAGAAAUUAUUAACUUUUUGUAGUUGUACAUCAGAAGAGAAAAAAAAAUAUACUUUUUUUGAAAAAACAAAUCACGAUAUUGACUGCGUUUUUCGAUAUUUCUCGUCUAAUUUGCAUGAGGAUUUUUCAUAUUUGAAGAACAAAAAUAACAAUUUUGAGAAAAAAAUGAAUUAUCAAAAUAAAGAAAAUUGUAAAAAGGAAAAUAUGUUUUUUUUAAAUAAUAAUAAUAUUGAUUUAAAUAUUGAAAAAGUGUUAAAUUGUGAAGAUGAACAAAGUCCCAAAAAAAUGGAGUUUUUCUUUUUAAAUUUGUUAAACCAAAAAAAAAAAACAUGCAUUUUAUGUUAUUGCGUGCGAAGAUAUUAUUUAAGAAUUUUGAAGAAGUUACAAAAAAAAUUAACUUUUAAAGUAUUAGAUAAACAAAUAGAUUAUAUUUUUGAUAAAAAUUACUCGGAAAUAAUAAAACUAUUUAAAAGAGAAAAUAACACGGAUAAAAUGUGUAAUUGUAUAAGUAUUUUUAAAUAUAUAAAUAUUGAUGAUAUUGAAGCAUGCAUAAUUUAUUUACUUCAAAUAAUGUGGAGAUUUUAUAUUUGUGAUAUUUUAUCAAUACCUAGUGAAUUAGAGCAAAUUUAUGAUAAUUUAUCGAAAAAGUAUAAAAGAAAAAAAUAUAAGAAUUCAAAAGAUGAGAGAAACUGGAAUUUUAUAAAAUAUUUAAAAGAAGAAAAAACAAAUAACAUAAUUAAUAAAUAUAUAUCUAGUGAUGAAUAUCAUUCAUCAUUAACAAUUGAUGAUAAUGAUGAACAAACUGCAAAUAAAAAUUUCUUAUUUUCUAAUUUUCAAUUUAUUGAUAUUAAUGGAAUAAAAAAAAAAUUUCGAAACACUUACAAUUUUUUUAACAAUAAAGAGUUCAAACAAAAUAUUGAAAAUGAUAAAAAUAACAAUGUAUAUUUUAAAACGGAUAGAAAAAAAAAUGAAUUAAAUGAGGAAAUUACUUCUUAUCACGAUAUUGAUAUAAAUAUUUUAAAAGAAGAUGAGUUACAUAAAUGCAGAAAAAUAUAUAAAAAUACAUUUAAUUUAUUAGAAAAAUUAAAAAAAGAGUUAGAAAAUAAAGAAUUAAAAAAAUUGAUGCACUAUUUUCAUUUCCGACAAAUUAAACAAAAAAUAAAAAAUGAAAGUGAAAACAAUAUAAUAAAUGAAAAUGAAAGAAAUAAUGUAAAUAAUUUAUGUUCUUCUAUAGAUGAAGGUGGAACAAAUUAUUCUAUGGAAGAAAAACAAGAAAAAAAUGACUACUCUUUAUUAAAAAGAAUUCCUGUAGAUGAGCAUUUACAUUUUAAUAAACUUUCUAAGAAAGCUUUCAAGAAUGAAAAUAUAUCUUUAAUGUUUGAAAACAAUUUUGAGAAUAUAUCAAACAGUAUGAAUAUUGAUCAAAAAUUUACAUCAAAUUUUUCUGUUAAUUUAAAAUUAAAAGAGAAUUGUAAUGAUAAUGAUAAUGAUAAUAAUAAUAAUAGUAAAUAUAUCGAUGUAUUAAGAGAAAAUGUUUUUAUAUCAGUUAUCGAUAAGGUUAGUGAAAUGAUGAAAAAACAUAAUAUAAAUAAUAUAAAUGAAAUUAAAAUAGUUUUACUAAAAAAUGGAUAUGAUAUACAUAAAUGUUAUAACGGGUUAGAUAUAAUAUUUUUAUUUCUGUCAAAAAUUAAAGGUAUAAAUAUGAGUUUUUUAAAUGAAAGUAAUAUUAUAAAUAAUAAGAACAUUUACGAAAUACUUUUAGAUAAUUUCCAAAGAAUAAAUUACAACACUGUAGAAAAAGAUUUUUAUUCUUUAAAUUAUAUUUUAGAGAUAUUUGAUAGUAUUGAUGAAAAUUAUGUAUUUCAAAGAUAUGAAUCUUUUUUUAAUUUUACAGAUUUACUUUUUACUUUACAAAAUAUUGUUGAUGAUAGAGAUUUAACACAAGAUUUAUUUACACCAUUUUUUGAUAUCCUAAAUAAUAUGUUUAGUUUUGGUAUUGGUUUAAAUGAUAAUUUUAACGAGAAUAAUAAAGAAAUAAUAAAAAUGAAUAGCUUAGAAUGCUUUUUAGAUAAUUUACAUAAAAUUAUUGGGUCAUUACUUAUUGUUGACAAAAAUUUUGAAUGUAAAAGAGAUUUAUUUUCAUUUAUACAAUUUAAUAGCUCUUUUUGGUAUUUAUUUUACAAGCAGUAUAACUUGUUUUUAUCAUAUUAUGAUUUUAACAACCACUGUUAUAUAUUUAACGUUUUUCUAUUUCAUUUCUUUAAUUAUGUUUUUAAUUUUCCUCUGGAUAAUUUUUUUCAAUUAGAUAACACAUUACCUUUAGAGAAGAAACAAAUUAUAGAAAAAUUAUUUAUGAAAUUUUCUUUUUUAAAGGAAGAAGAAAAAUAUUUAUUUAGAAUUAUUUUACGAUUUCUUUUGCAAGAAUAUAAUCAUUUUUAUAAUUAUCAUUACACUAACGAAUUUUCACUUCUUGUUUUUAAUGCUAUUAUGUCCUUAAAUAAUUUUUAUUUAAACAUGCAUCAACCAUAUUUAUUUUCAGAAGGUUACACACAACUAAAUGAUUAUGAAUAUAUGAAUAAAAAUAAGGAUGGAUUUAUAAUUAUGAGUAAUAAUCUCAAAGAAAAUAAAAAAGAAAUGAAAAUUAAAGAAGAGGAAGAAGAAAAAAAAAAAAAAAAACAUUUUGAAAACCUUAAUUUGAAUAAUAAAAAUAUAAUCCCUUUUUUAAAAAACAAAGAAAAAGAAUUGUUAAAAAUAGGUGAUGAAGUUAAUUUUUACUCAACAAAAAAUUCCAUAUAUUUUAAUAAUAACACUAUUAAUAUAUUAAACUUUAUUUUAAAAGAUUAUAAAAAAAGGAAUUUUGUGAAUUAUAGUAAUUCUAAUAUAAACAACGAUUUAUUUUAUCUUUCAUACAACUAUCCUGUUAUUAAUAUAAACACAGAAAAUAAUAAUUUAUUUACCAUUUAUUUAAGAAGUAUAUAUAAUUACAAUGGGAAUUUUAGAAAUUUAAAUCAUGUCUAUUAUAUAUAUAGUAAUUUUUUUUAUAACUUCCAUAAUCUAUUUUUAUUUUUGAAUAAUAAAAAUGAUUUAUUUUAUUCACUUUUCAAACUUCGAUUUAAAAAUGAUGAAUCAAAGAAGAUGCAUAAUUUUUUUUAUGUUAAUGAUGAUAUAAACAAUAUUUUAAGUAAAUCUACUACAGAAAAAAUAAAAGAUGGAAUAGAGACUAUAUCUAACGAAUUAAAUAAAGAAGGUAGUUAUUUAAAUUCUAUACAUAACUGUUUAAGUAAAAUAUUUUAUUUAUAUGAUGAUAUUAUUUAUGAUAUAAAUGAUACAAUAAAUAUAGAUUAUUAUUUUAAAGGAGAUAAGGUAUACUUAAAUUUCCUUAAAGAUAAAAAUAUGAACUAUUAUAAGGAAAAACAAGAUAUACUUUAUAAAUUAUAUGUUAAAGAAAAAAAAAAUAAUAACAAGAAUAAAGAAAUAGAAAAAAAUAUUGAUGAUAUACUUGGAGAAUUAAUAGAUAAUAAAGAAAAAAAUGUAAAUAAUAUUUUAGAAAAUAAUAUAGAGGAUAAUUUAGAUAUUCUUAAAAUAAAAAAUAAAAGGAAAAAAAAUGAAAAAAAUGAAAAUUAUUUGCAUGUUACUGAUUUAGAAAAAGAUAUAAUGAAUAUAAAAUUUAAUCAAAAUGAAUUUUUAGGGCGAAAUUUAUCAUCCUUUUUUUACACUUCAGAAUUAAUUCAUAAUAAUAAAGAUUCUAUUAUUGAUAACACUGAUGUAAUAGAGAGAAAUUAUGUAUCAUCAAUGUUAUCAAAAAAAUAUUUAUCUAUAUCCUUAUUAUUUAAUGUUGAUUUCUAUAAUAUAAGAGGAAUGCAUAUAGAAAAUAAAUUAUUAUCAAAUAGAAUUUUAAAGAUAAAUAAGAUUCUAAAAGAUAGUAAAGGAAAAUUGAUAAAUGUAAAAGUAUUUCAUUUGUAUAAUAUUUUUUCUAAAAUAAUUGAAUUAUAUUAUAAGGAUAAGAAUGACAAUAAAAAAGAAAAGAAAUACAUAAAUGAUAUUGAUUAUAAAAUUAAUGGAGAAUUUUAUCAUAAAAUAAAAAUUACUACUCAUUUCUUUUUAUUAUAUACAAUUAAGAAAGAUUAUGAUAAAAAGAAUAAAAAUAAGUUGAUUUUUAUGAAUAUUAACUCGGAUUUGGAAUCAUAUGUUGAAGAUAAAAAGGAGGGAUUAUAUAAAUUUGAUUUAAAUAUAUUAUUAGUUCCAAUUUCUUCUCACAUAAUAUUAAAUAGAUAUAAUGGAAAUAUAAAUUUAUUUAACGAAAAUGACUAUCCAUUGAUUACUUUUAAAUAUUUAACUUCAUCUUACGAAUUAAUUUGUAUAGGAAUUAUCAUAUGCUCAUCUAAAUUACUUUUACAAGAUUAUAUAUUCAGUUGGUUUAUACCAAAAAUUAAGGAAUUGAAAUUAUUGAAUGAAAAUAUAGAUAUAAAAUUAGAAGAUAUAAAUGUUUAUGAGGAAUCUGAAUUAUACUGUUUAGAAAAAAUACGAAAAUUUUCUUGUAGUAUAAAAAAAUUAUUAAAAAAAUAUAGUAAUACAAUUGUUAUUCAAUUGAAGAAAAAUAAUUAUUUGAAGAAAAUAAAUAUAAGAUGUAUAGAAAAUUAUAAAUUAAAUAAUUCGAAUUUCUGUUCCAAAUGCAGAAGUAAUUAUAUAUGCAUAUGUGAUAAAAUAAAAAAAGAAGAAUUAAGGAAAAAGUUACAUUAUAUAAAAAAUAAAGAGAAAUUACAUGGAAUAAUAAAAGAAAAAAAUGAAAUAAAAAAUCUUGAAAAUUAUGAAAAGAACAAACAAAAAAAGUUAGAUACAAAGAUUUCUAAUAAUAUUGAUGAAAUGCAAGACAAUCAAAUGAACAUUACAAGUAAAGUUCACGUUGAUAGUUAUGUUGAUAGAAAUGACUUCCAAGAAAAAGAUAUAAGAAAUAUAAAUAAAGAAAAAUUUAAUCAAGAUGGAGAAAUAAUUCAAAAUACGUAUGAACAUGACAAAUUAUUAUAUGAAUUAGAAAUAUUAGAAAAUUCUUUCCAUUCAACUAAUAGUUCUAUAUUAUCUUUAUCAAAUGAUGAUUUUUCUAAUUAUUCUGAAGGUGAUGACAUAUUUUUAGAUGAAAUUGAAAGUAAUAAUUUUUUUGCCUCUAAUACCAGAUUACCUGACGGUGAAAUUCUAAUCAACGAUGAAAACAUAAAUAAUCCACAUAAAGUUACAGUUAAUAUUUCACAUAUUGAACAAAAUAAAAGAAAAAUUCCAUUUAAAAAUAGAAAUAACUUAGAAAACGUUAAUGAAGAAAUUAAUUUAAAAGAAUUCAAUAAAAUAAGUAAAGAAUAUAUUAAAAAAUUAUAUAAUAAACAAAGCUUACUUGAGAAUAAAGAAAACGUUAAUCAAAUAAUCAAUGAUGAAAAAAAAAAAAAGGAAAAUAAAAAACAGUAUGAAUGUAUAGAAGAUAAUAAAGAGGUUAAAAACGAUAAAAAUGAAGAAGAGGAAAAAGAAAAAAAUAAGAUGAAUGAAGUAAAAAACAAAAUAAAAACUAAUGAGAAAGAUAAAAUAAAUGAAGAGGGUAUAAAAUUUUGUAAUGAUUUAAAUAAUAAUAAUAAAGGAGAAAAAUGCAAAUUACUAAUACUGGAACAUGAUAAGAAUAUAUUCGAUAGUAGUAAAAUAUAUAAAAAUAAAAAUUGUGAUACAAAAAUAAAACACAAUGAUAUUUUUGAAGAUCAAAAAGGGGAAAUAAUUAUUAAAAAUGAUAAAAAAAAAAAUACUAAAGAAAUAAAUAAUGAACAAAAUUCUGAAAAUUAUAAAUCUGUUGAAAAAGUAAGUGUUGUAUAUCAAAAUGAAAAAAAAAAUAUAAACAUAGAGUCAAAUAUAAAAAUAAGUGAUGAAAAAAGUAAAGUAAAUAAAAUAAAGAGUGUUGAAAUAAAGAGACAAAUCUCGAAUAGCACUUAUGAAAACUUUAAUAACAAUUAUGAUAGUAGGGAUAAUUAUGGUGAUAAUAAGAGUUUGAAUAGUAGUAAUCAAAAUGAUGAUAAUAAUAAAAGUGUUAAUAAUAAUAAUGAAAAUAAUAAUAAUAAUAAUAAAAAUAAUGGCAACAACGAUAGUAACAACAGAAGUAGCAGUAACAGAAAUAACAACAAUAGCAACAGUAGCAAUAAUGGCAAUAAUAACAACAACAAUAAUAAUAAUAAUAAUAACAAUAAUAACAACAAUAAUAAUAAUAAUAAUAAUAACAAUAAUAACAACAACAAUAAUAAUAAUAACUAUAACAACAACAACAACAACAACAAUAAUAAUAAUAAUAAUAACAAUAACAACAACAACAAUAAUAAUAAUGAUAAUAAUGAUAAUAAUGAUAAUAAUGAAAAUAAUAAUAAUAAUAAUAAUGAUAAUAAUGAUAAUAAUGAUAAUAAUGAAAAUAAUAAUGAAAAUAAUGAUAAUAAUAAUAAUAAUGAUAAUAAUGAAAAUAGCAAUAAUAAUGAUAAAAAAAAUAAUAUAAUUAAAAGCUCAGAUGAUAUUAUAAAUAACUAUUUUUGUAAGAAUGUUACUGAAAAUAUUGAGAAAAGUGAUAAAUUAGAAAAUAUUGUUUCCUAUAUAUACAAUGAAUUAAUUGAAAUAACAAAAAAAAAAUUAAAAAAAAAUGUAAUACGAGUAGAUAAUUUAUUAACAGAUAAUUAUUUGAGUGUGGGUGAAGAAUUUUUAAACGUAAUGAAAGAAAUUAUUUUAAAAUUAAAUAACAAGUUUAAUGAAACAGAACAUAUUAAAAAAUAUGGCAAUAAAAAUUCUUUUAAUAAUAGGACAAAAAUGCAAAAUUCAAGUAAAAAUAAUGAAAGUGAUAAUAAAGGACAUGUUUUAAUUAGUGAUGAUAAUAAUAGUAUAAAAAGGUGCAAUUUAUAUGACAAUGAAAAUAUCAUAAAAUUUUUUAAUCUUUUAAAAAAAAAAUUAAUACAGAAAAUAUUAUUUCCAGAUUUGCAAAUUGAUAAAAAUAAAAAUAGAAAUAAAAAAAAUAUAAAAAAAAAGAAACAAGUAGAUAUUAAAUAUAUAUAUGAAAUAUUCAAGAGAGAAUAUAUUUUUUAUGAUAAAAUAUUAAUAUUAAUACAACAUAUAUUAGAUAUUAAUAUAAGAACAAAUAUAUUCUUAUUUGUAUAUUUAUUUUCAGGAAAAUAUUUCUCUUUUGCUGAUUUUGAUUAUAUGUUGAAUAAUAUGAUUUUUUAUAAUGAUUAUGUUUAUUAUAAUAAAGUUAAUUUUGAAGAUAGUUUUUUAAUUGAAAACAGUUUGAACGCUUCAGAUAAUAAUAUGAAAAAUAAAGAAUGUACCUUUAAUGAUUCUCUUAUAAUAAAUAGUAAAAAUAGUACAACAGUUGAAAAAAAAGAAAUGAAAAAAAAUAUUGUAAAUAAUAAUACAAAUAUAAAUGAAGAUAUUAUAAAAGUAAAGUGUGCUUUAGAAGAUGAUGACGAACAUGAAAAGAAAAAAAAAAUAAAUGUAUAUAAAGGAAUGAAUGCAGAGCAAAAUACUAUAAACAGUGAUAAUGCAAAUAUAAAAGAAGAAAAUACAGAUAAAAUUAAAAGUGUAAUAGAUGAAAAUAUUGAAGAAAUCGAAGAAAAUGAUAAAAAAAAAAAAAAAAAAAACAUAGAUGAAGAAGCAGGUGAUGAUGUGUUAAUAAACAUAAACAUUAGUAAAAUAAUAUAUGUAUUAAUUUUAAUUAGUAAUAAAAGAAUAAUGAAAGAAUUAAUUGAAGAGAAUCAUUGUAAAGAAUUAAAUGAAAAUUAUUACACAGAAAUGAACAAAAAGUAUUAUGAAAUAUUAAAUAAUGAUUAUAACAAAAUAAUGAAAGAAAAUUAUUCAAAAGAUUUAAAUGAUAAUUAUGUAAAAGAUAUUAAUUUUUUAGAAAAUUUAAAAAUUGAGGAGUUAAUAAAUAACAAUGAAUUGUUAAUGUCAACAUUUGGUAAAAUUGUAAAAGAGGGAGAUACAACUAAUAAACUAUUGAAUAAUAAUGAAAAAAAAAAAAAUGAAAUUGAAGAAGGUAAAAGAGAGUUAAAUGAAAAUGAAUUAGAAAUAAACGAAAAUGAAAUUAUGAAUGAAAAAGUUUUAAAUAAAAAUAUAAAUAUACACAAUUUUAUCAAAUUUAAAUUAAAUUUAAGAAUAGCAAUAAAAAAAAUUAACUUAUUGCAAGUAAAUACAUCAUUUUAUUCCUUGAUAUUUAAAUACAAUAGUAAUUUAAUAAAUAUAAUACACACUGAUUAUAAAGAAGAAAAUUUUAAUUUAGGAUUUGCGAAUUUUUUCAAUUAUAAAGAAAGUUUACAAAUAAGUCUUAACGAUAUAGAAAAAUUAAAGGAAAUAUAUGAUAAAUAUGUUGCAUUUAAUAAUAAAUCGAAUAUAUUAAAAGAUAUGUAUUUAUUAAAUAGUGAAAUAAAUAAUCUGCUAAUAAAUAUCUUCAAUAAUAAAAAUGAUAUUAUCCUUACAAAUACGAAUGUUGGUAUGAUAAAAAAUAACAAUAAUAAGAAAAAUUAUAUUCAUAAAAAUGAAGUAGUAAAUAAUAAAGAAUUAAAAAUACAUAUAAACAAGACAUAUUCUAAUUCCGAUUUACAGAAUGAAUUGAAUAAUAAUAUUUAUGAAAAAAAAAACAUAUUAAAAAAUUCCUAUGGUUCUUUAUAUGACUCUUCUAACAAAAACAUUACUAAUUUAAAAUCGAAUAUGUAUAAUUCAUCUUUUUCCAAUAAAAAUAAAAAAAGUAUUUUAGAUAAUAAAAAUAUAUUUUACAAUACAAAUGAAAUAAAUCCUUUAAAUGAUGAAACAAAUCUAAGAAAGGAAAGUAAUCAAAUCUUAAUUGCAAAAAAUGCGAAAACAAAUAAUUCAAUUAAGUAUGUAAAAAAAAAUAAAUUUAAAAGAAUUUACAAUAAAGAUAUUCCAUAUAUAUGUAAUGAAGGAAAAACAUGGAUGGUUAUAUAUAAGCCAGCAUAUUAUCAUUGUUCAGCUUACACAUCUCAUAAUAGAUAUAAUUUUUUAGUGAAUAUAAAUAAAUAUAGUGAUUAUUUUUAUAAUAUAUUAGAAAAAAUAUGUAUAAAAUGCAAAAUAAAAACAAAAUUUAUGUGUUUACCUUGUAAGGAAAUGGAAAAUAUAUGUAAUAAAUGUGAAAAUAUUAUAGCAAAAUUUUGUAAAAAAUGUAGUAUUUUAAUAAAGAAAAAUAGAGAUGUUUUAAAAAUAAUAAAUAAUAUAUCAUUAAAUGAUGUUAUAUAUAGUGGUAGGGUAGAAUCAUUUCAUUUAUUUAUGAUGAAAUCAUUUCCUCAUUUAGAAACAGUUAAAAAAUGGCAUAAAUUAGAAUGCGGUUUAUGUCAUAGAAUAGAUUUAGAAACAUCAGGAAGUUUAAUAAUUGCAAAAACAAAGGAAGCAAGAGAAUUUUUAUUUGAUCAAUUUCGUAAAAGAAAUGUUUAUAAAGAAUAUAUUCUAUUAUGUCAUGGAAGAAUAAAAAAAAAAAAAGGUUUUAUCAAUAAGUCUAUUCAAACUCAUGAAUAUAAUAACUUUCAUAGCAAAAGUCAUUUUAGUUUAGUAGUUAAAACAGGUGGUACAGAUGCUUACACGGAAUAUAAUUGUGUAAAAAUUUAUAAAUUAAAAAGACCAAUUAAAGAUAUUAUUCAAGAAGUUUUAGGAGGAAAAUAUAACUGUAAUAGUACUAUUAAAAAGGAUAUUAAAAAAGAAAUAUAUAGUGAUAACUAUUAUAAAUUUUUAAAUGAAGAAAAGAAAAAUGUAAAUAUUAUACAAAGAUAUGUAAUUAAAGAUUCAUUAUCUGAUAAUAAAAAUAAUAAUAGAAAAUACAUGUAUUUUACAUCAUCAGAUUAUUCAUCAUAUGUUCAGAAAAAUAAUUGCAAUAUUAUUAUUAAUUAUUAUUCAGAUUCUCAAAUUUUAGAAGAUAAGAAAAAAAGGGGAAAGAAAAGUAACAAAAAUGUUACUAAUAAAAAUGAUAUUAUAAAAGAUUCAACAAGAAAAAAUAUUUUAGAAAAUGAAAUAAAAGAUCAAACUAAAAAGAGAGAAAUAAUAAAAUUGGAUUCCGUAAAUUUAAAUACUAAUAAAAAUGAAAAUUAUUUAGGAGAUGAUUCUCAAAAAAAAAAUGUGUGUCAUCAUUUAUGUUUUCGUUGUAAUUCAGUUUCAGAUGAUUACUUACAUACAGAUAUAAAAGAAAUAGAAAAUUACACAAAAGAAUUUACUUUGUGUAAUGUUAAGAUUCAUACGGGAAGAACACAUCAAAUACGAGUUCAUAUGAGACAUAUUGGUCAUCCAUUAGUUUCUGAUAAGAAAUAUUUAAAUCCUUCUUUAAGUAAUAUUGACAAAUAUUGGUGUUUCCGAAUGUUUUUGCAUUCUCUUAUAUUAGAAUUUAAUAAUCCAGAUUAUUAUUUUUUUAAUUUAACUGAUGAUUUAAAAAAAAAAAAAAAACUUUACUCAAAUAAUAUAUAUAAAAUUCCUGAUCGAACUGUUAAAGCCAUAUGUCCAUUAGCUUGUGAUUUACAAACAGUUCUUGCAAAUGAAUUAGAAGUAGCAGAAAAUUUAGAAGAUGAAAAUAGUUACAUUAAUAGAAUUCUUAAAAUGAAUAUUAAUGAUAAAAGAAAUGAAGCUAUGAAAAAUUCAAAAGCAAUAAUUGAAGAGCAAAAAAUAGACAAAGAUCGAAAUAAAGAAUGUAAAUUUUAUUCUGCAAGAGAAGAAAACAAUGAAAAAGACAAAAAAAUAGAAGAAAACAAUAAAAUAGAGCAACAAAGGGAAGAAAAAGAAAAUGAAAAUGAUGAAUAUAAUGAAGAAGAAGAAGAAGAAGAAGAAGAAAAUGAAGAUGAAGAUGAACAUGAAGAUGAAGAUGAUGAUGAUGAUGAUGACGAUAAUGCAUAUUAUGAAGAAGAAGAAAAAAGUAAGCAACAAAAAAAAAAUGUAAAUAAAAAGAAAAUGGGUAUAAAAAAAAUUAAGAAUGAAAAUGAUAUUACUUAUGAUGAAACAAAAGAAAAUAAUGAAACUGAAAUAAAUAGAAUGAUUGAAGAGAACAAAUUAAUAAAGAAAAAAAAAUUAAAUAAAAAUAGUGAAUUCCCACAUUUAGUUCUUAGUAUUAAAAAAAAAAAGAAAAACAAAGAUAAAACUAAUUUAUCUAUAAAUAAAGAGAAUAAAAAUAUUUUGAAAAAAAAAGAAAAUAAUAAUAAUGAAAAAGUAACAGAUGAUAUAUAUGAUCUUAUGGAAAAUAAUAAUGAUAAAAAUAUAAAAGAGAAUGUUUUUUCAAGUGAAGAAAUUAUGAAGGUUAAACAAAAAAAUAAGAUAAAUGAAAAAGAAACAGAGAAAAGAGAAAUAGAAAAUGAAUAUGCAUGUGAAGAAGUAGAAUUAUAUGAUGGAGGAGAAAAUAUAAAAAUGAUAAUAUCAAAAAAUGAGAAUAAUAAAAUUGUACGUAAAUUGAACUAUAGUGAAUUUUUAGAAAUAAAAAAUAGAAUAGAAUUUGACAAAAAAUUGAAUAACAAUAAUGAUGAAAACGAUAUAAAUCAAAUGGAAAAAGAGAAUUAUAUCAAUGAAGAAGUAAAUAAAAAAAUAGAGACGGAUUUUAAUCUCAUAUUAAAAGAGGCAAAGAUAGCUAUUGAUAAUAUUAUUAAAAAUAGUUUUAUUUUUAAAAUAUUGUUUUAUUUUUCGAAAUUAAAAAAAACCUUAUUAUAUCUUUUAAACACUUUCGGUAAAGAAGUAACAAAAAAGGAAAAAAAAAAUUAUGUUGAACUGAACUUAAUUGAAGAAGUAUAUAGGAAUAAAAAUGAUAAUCAAGAAAAAAUUCCGAGAUAUUUCAUUUUAGAGUUAAUAUUAUGUAUUACAUACUUAUUUAAAAAUAUUCACGUAAAGAAAAGAAAAAAUGAAAUAAUUAUAUAUACUUUAAAAAAACAUUUAAAAAAUAUUAGGAGUAAUAUUGAUAUACCAAAUAAAAAUAAAAAUAUUAUUUUUCAAUAUUUCUAUAACAUUUUAUAUAAUAUGAAUUAUGCUUUAAAUGAAUAUGGUUUAAACACAAAAGAAAGUUUAAAGAAUCAAAUAUUUAAUGAAUGCAAAAAUGUAUAUUUAAAAAUUUUAAACGUGUUUACUAUAAUUAUAAAGAUUGUAAAUGCCGAAUUAUCUUUAAAGGAUAUCAAUAUAACUCACUUUAUAAAAAAUAAAAAAAUGUUUUCAUUAAACACAAUUGAACAAUUUUUUUUAUUAUAUAAAUUUUAUGAAAAAAAUAAAGACAUAAUGAAUGAGAAGAAAAAAGAGAAAAAAAAUAAAGAGAAUAAAGGAGAAAACUAUUUAACUAUGGAAAUAAAAAAAAUAUUUAAAGUAGAUAAAAAAGAUGAAAAUAAACUAAAUGAAUCUUAUGCAACUAUUGAUGAUUGUUUUUAUUCAAAUAAAAAUGAAGGAGAUAUAGAACCAACUAAAUCAAAAAAGGGAUAUAAUAAUAAAGUAGUAAUAACUAAGGAGGAAGAUAAAGAGAAAAGAAAAAAAAAAGCAGAUUGUGGAGUAGAAGAUUACGAGACUGAAGAAAAAAAAAAAGAAAAAGAAGAAAAUGAGAAAGUAAAAAAAAAGAAAUAUGUUGAUGAUGCAAAUAACAAUAUUGAUGUAAAGAAAAAGAUAUCUGCUAAUAAUGAAGAAAAAAUAUUAUUAAAUGAAAAUUUAGAAGAAAAAGAAAAUUCAAAUGAUAAUAAUAAUAUAUCCAAAAGAUAUAAGAAAAAUAAUAAAACAGAAGAUAACAAUUUAAAAAAAAAAGAAAUGUAUGAAAAUGAAAAUGAAAAAAAUAAUAUUAUUAAGGAACAUUUAUCAUCAAAAGAAAAAAUAAAAAACCCUCCUGAAUAUGAAGACAAAACAAAUAAAAGUAAUAGAAAAAAUUAUAAUGUGAAUAAUAAUAUAAUAGAGGGAGAAAAUAAAUAUGUUGAUAAUUAUCACUUGAUGAAAAAUAAUUUUGAAAAUAUAGAAAUAGAAAAUAUAGGAGAAAAGCAAAAAUUGUUACAAUUAUGUAUGGAAAAUGUAAUAUCAUCAAAUGAAAAAUUGAUAGAAAAUUGCAAUUCAAAUAUAUCUAACUAUAGUAAUAAUAUCAACAAUCAUUUAAUACACAGUGGUUAUAAUAACCAGAAGACAAAUAUGGAAGUAAAAGAUAAUUUUUUAAAUAUUGAAUCAGAUAAGAAUCUUGAAGAAAAAAAUUUAUUUACGUCUGAUAAUAAAAAUUUUUGUGAAGAUGGGUUUUUUGUUGGUAACUAUAAAAAAAAUAUAAAUAGUGAUUCAAUUUUAAAUAAUUUAGAAGAUAUAAAUAAUAAGAAUAAAUUAAAUAAUAUAAGUAAUAGUAUUUUGAUUAAUGAAAAAGAAUAUAGUAACAUUAAUGAGGAGCAAGCCAUUUAUAACAAUUUUAUGAAAGAAAUAGAAAAAAUAAGAAAUGAAAUAAAUAAAUGUGAAGAAAAUUAUGAAAAGGAAAUGAUAGAAAUUAAAAAAAAAAAAAAAGAAAUUGAUUUCUUAAAGGAAAAUAGUAAAAAUGAAGAAAUAAAUCGUAUAUUUUCUGAUUUUAAUUUAAAAAAAUUUUCUAAAAUGUUAUUAAACGCCUAUGAAACAUAUGGUUUGAAUGUGUUUAUAAAAUUAUUGGUAUAUAAUAAUGAUAUAAAUAAUAUAAAUGAUUAUAAAAAACAAGAUGAAGUAAACUUAGAAUUUUUUAUAAAUUUAUCAAUUGAUAAAAUAUUUGAUUAUUUAUUAUUAAAAGAUAUAUUUUCUAAUGUAAAUAUAAAAAAGUUAAAAGAAAAAUUUAUUCAAGGUCAGAAAGCAUUUGAAGCAAUAAGAAAUGAUGCAAAUGAUAUGAUUAUAGAAAAUAUAAAAAGACAUAAUUUUAUUUAUAUAUUAUGGAAAAAUAAUAAUAGUAUGAAUGAUAUAUAUGAAAGAAAACAGAUAAUUUAUAACUUUUUAAUAAAAAUAAUUGAUAAAAUUAUUCAAAAUUAUUUGAUUCAUGAAUAUGUUUUAAUUAGGAAAAAUGAAAUUUACAAAAAGAUAUAUAAUUCUUUUAAUAUAAGUAAUGAGGUAGAAAAUAAUUAUUUUCAAGAUUAUUUCAAAAAUAAUUUUGAUUAUAAUUACUUAUUAAAAAAAAUUACAGAUGAUAAUGGUGUGAAAAGCUAUUCUAAUGAUAUUCACAUAGAAAAAAAUAAAAAUGAUAAUAACAAUGGAUUUUUUACCAAAAGAGGAAAUAAUGAUAAUAUUUCUUAUAAUCACAAAAUUAUUGAUUUAAAUAAAAACAGUAAUAAUAUUUAUGGUAAUUAUAACAAUGAAAAACAGAACAACUAUCAUAACCAAAAAACAAAGAAGGAAGAAAAUCCUAUAAUAUAUCAAAAUUUUCAUGAAAAUAUAAAAAAUAAUAUUUUUUCUAAUAAUUUAAAUAAAUUUUAUGAUACUUAUAACAAAUUAAAUGAUAGUAAUAUUUUUGAGAAAAAUAAAAUUGUUAAAAAUAACUCUUAUAAUGAAAAUAAUGCUCUUCCUUUGAAAAAUAAAAACUUUAAUGACAUUUUUACAAAAAAUUCUAAAAGUAAUUCUUUUUGCACAAAUAAUUUAAAUUUUAAUUUUAACUCUCAGUAUAUUUUGAAUAAAAAUAAUAAUAUUCACAAUUUAAAUUCUUCUAACUUUCCUGAGCCAUCCAACUAUUUGAAUAUUACAAGCAUUAGCAAAAUGAAAAAUUAUAUGUCUAUAAAUGAUAAUAAAAAAGAGAAUUUUCAUGCGAACAAUUUUGAUGUAUAUUAUAAUGAUGAAAAAAAAACUCCAAUUUUUAAUAUAGAAAAAGAAAAAAUGAAUAAAAAACAAGAAAAUGAAAUAUUUUCAAAUCAUAAGAAUAAUGAUGAUAAUACUAAUAUUUUAGAUUUAAGAGAUGUUCAAAAAAUAAGAAAUAAUAACACAUUUAUGAAUAAUUUAAAAGUAUCAAAGGAAAUUUUAAGUGAAGAAAAAGAAAUAAGAGAGAAAGAAGAUAAGGAAGAAGGAAAACUAAAAGAAAAAGAAGAACAAACAAAUGUGGAAGAAAAUAAAGAAAAAGAAAAAAAUAAUAAAAAAAAUAAAAUAAAUUAUUUUGAAAAAUUUAUGAAGAAUAAUUAUGAUAAUAAAAUAAACAAUGUAUCAAAAAGUGAUGAACAAGAUGUUAAAUUAAAUAGAAGAAUAAUUAGUGAAGAAAAUGAGAAAGAAAAGGAGGAAAUAGAAGAAGAAAAAAAAAAGAAAAACAUGUAUUAUUUUAGUGAUAACAAUAAUGAUAGCAAUAAUUAUGUAAGUGAUAGUUCUAAUCUUUAUAAUUUAUCAAAUAAUUUCGUAAAAAGUUUUAACAGUUCAUUUCCUGAAAUGUUUUACAAUAAAAAUUUAAAUAUAAUAAAUGAAGAUAAAGAUAACGAAAAUACAAUUAAUAAAGCAAUAAAUUUUCAAAAUUUUGAAGAAAUUAAAAAUAUAAAUGAAUAUAACAGUAACAUUAAUGAAAAUUUAGAUAAAAAAAAAUUUGAUUUAUAUAAUAAAUUAAAUAAUAAUUUUAUGACAUCCAAUAGUUUAUUAAAUAAUAAGAAUAAUAUUGAAUAUAAAGAUAUAUUUAGUAGUGCAAAUAAUAGUAAUGAAAAAAAACCUACUCAUGAUUAUUUAAUAAAUAGUAAUUGCUCUUUAGCUAAUUUUAUUAAUGAUCCUUCUUGUACUAAUUCCCACAAUAGUUUAAAUCAUAUAGAAAAAAAUCCAUUAGAAAUAGAUAUGAAAAAUUCUAAUUUAAUGAUAUUUAAUGAACUUAAUAGAGAUAAUGUUUUUACUAAUUAUUUAGAUCAUCCUAAUAAUAAUAAUAAUAAUAAUAAUAAUAAAAAUAUACAAAAUUUAAAUUUUUCUAAUUAUUUUAAUAAUAAUAAUAAUAAUAAUAAUAACAAUAAUAUCAGUAACAGUAAUGAUUGUCAAAAAAGUUUAAGUGAAUCAAAUAUUAUGAAAAUAGUACCUAAUUUAAAUAAUUUAGAAAGUUAUAAAAAUGUUAGUAAUAAUAUAGAAAAAGUUUCUUUAGAUAAUCACAUAAAUAAAAUAACUAUAAAUAACCAUAAAAGAAAUAUAUUAGCAGAUUUCAAUAUAAUAGAUUUAGAAAAUGAAAACAAAAUUAAUGAACUAAAUAAAACAAAUGAUAACAGUAUAAAUAUGUAUUUAUCAAGUAGUUACAAUAAUAUAUUUGAUCAAAAAGUUAAUCCAUUAUUUUUAAAAAAAUAUUACAAUUCAAAUUCUUACAUAAAUUUUGAAAAAGAAGAAAAAGAAAAUUUAGGAAAAAUAAAUAAAGGAACAAAUUCAAUCUCAUCAGAUAUAAAUAAUAAUAUGAUUAAUAUUAAUAAUGAAAAUAACAUAAAAUUUUUAAACAAUACUUUUGAAAUAAAUAUAAAUAAUAAUCACCUAAAUAAUAAUUUAGCUAAUACAUAUUCAAAUACUUUUUCAGAAUUGAAUACUUAUAAGAAAAAUAAAAUUAAUAAUAAUAACACGGAAUAUAAUAAUAUUAACACAAAAUAUUUAAAUAAAGCAUUUAAUCAUUUAGAUAUAAGAAAAAAUAUAAGUGAAUAUGAAGAAAAGCAGAAAUUGUAUUUUGACAGAAUGAAGCAGAAAAAUGAGUUAAACAAAAAUAUAUAUAAUAAUAAUAAUAAUAAUAAUAAUAAUAAUAAUAAUAAAAUGAAUGUUGAUUUAAGUUUUAAAGAAUACCAAUCACCUCUCUUAUUUAAUGACAAUAAUAAUAAAAUAUCAGGAAAAGAUUUUUGGAAUAAUUUAGAUAAUCAAAAUAAUGAACAUUUUUAUGAUAAUAAUAAAAAUAUGAAUGAAAGAAAUUUUUGUUCUAUAAAUGAAGAAAGAGAAAACAUGGAUAAUUUGAAUUUAGUUAAACUAAAUGAAAUCAGAAAUAUUUCUUCAGAUAAAAAUAGAAAUUUAAUUAUAGGAAAUGUAUUAAAUAAUAAUGAUAAUAAUAAUAAUAAUAUUAUUUUAAAUGAAGACAAUAAUAAUAAAGUUAAUAAAAUAGCUGAUGAAAGUAUAUUAAAAAAUAAAUCAUCUAAUAAUAAUAUUUUUGAUGAUAUUAAUGAUGAAGUUCAAAGAUCGAAUUUAAAUUUUGAUUAUAAUAAAUUACCUGUAUGCAUAAGUCAAAAUAUCCAAUCUAAUUUAAAUAUAUCAACAAAUGAAGAAAAUAAUAAUUUCAUUUCUGAAUCAAAUACUAAAUUAAAUAAUCCUGUAAAUUAUCUUUUUUUUAAAAAAAAUAAUUAUGUAGAUAAUAAUGUUAUAAUAAAUAAUUCUAUAUUUUGUGAUAAUUUAGGAAAUAAUCAAGAAAACAUAAUAUUAAGUAAUUCUUCAUCACCUUCAAAAAGAUCAUUUAGUUCAGUUCACAAUUUAAAUGAAAAUGUUCAUUUAACAAAUAUUAAUAAUAAUAAUAUUAAUAAUAAUAAUAUUAAUAAUAAUAAUAUUAAUAAUAAUAAUAUUAAUAAUAAUAAUAUUAAUAAUAACAAUAUUAAUAAUAAUAAUAUUAAUAAUAACAAUAUUAAUAACUAUUAA